CACAGCCCCAUAGCUUCCAGCAGUCCGUGUUAACUCUGCCACAGACGGAGCUCCAGCCACAGUGUCAGCCACGCUACAGACAUCCGGGAGCGGCUCCAAACCUCGAAAGAAAAAAAGAAAAGUAUCCCGUUGAGGAAGGAGAGAGCAGGUCGGGUGCUGGUGCUGGUGCUGGUGCUGGAGCAGGAAAAAAGGGAUAUUUUCCAGGUGCUAGGUUUACUUUCGCAGGCUAACGUUACUCUACCCGGCAUCUCACCGCCGCCGGACGGAAGACAGUAUCUCUGAACCGAGCUGGACGUUUGCUUUUCUUCCAAAAGAAGAUGGCAUCGAAUGACUCGCGCCUCCAGCAGCAGCCGUCCCAGAAGGACGCGGCCGACCAGAACUUUGACUACAUGUUCAAGCUGCUGAUCAUCGGCAACAGCAGCGUGGGGAAGACGUCCUUCCUGUUCCGCUACGCGGACGACUCCUUCACCUCCGCCUUCGUCAGCACCGUGGGCAUCGACUUCAAGGUCAAGACCGUGUUCCGCAAUGACAAGAGGAUCAAGCUGCAGAUCUGGGAUACAGCGGGGCAGGAGCGCUACCGCACCAUCACCACGGCCUACUACAGAGGAGCCAUGGGCUUCCUGCUCAUGUACGACAUCACUAACCAGGACUCCUUCAACGCAGUUCAGGACUGGGCGACGCAGAUCAAGACGUACUCGUGGGAUAAUGCUCAGGUGAUCCUGAUUGGUAACAAGUGUGACCUGGAGGACGACAGGCUCGUACCCACGGAGGACGGCCAGAGGCUGGCGGAGGAGCUAGGUUUCCAGUUCUUCGAGGCCAGCGCCAAGGACAACAUCAACGUGAAGCAGGUGUUCGAGCGGCUGGUGGACGUCAUCUGUGAGAAGAUGAACGAGAGCAUGGAGGGGGACAUCGACCUCGUGUCCAACCACAGGAACCAGGCCCUUAAAGACUCGCCGUCAGAGAGCCACGGGGGCUGCACCUGCUGAAGUGUCCGCCCUCUUACCAGCUCCCCACACACACACACACACACACACUGAUAAUCAUACAUAAAGACCUUCCCUCUCUGUGCCUCGACCACGUAAAGUGCCGCACCUCUUCCUCUCUCUUCACUCCAGCCACGCCCAGCUCUGCUUUGUCCACACAGCCCGGCACGAACCAAAAGGACAGCUCGCUGAAAUACUCUUCAUCAGCAUUGUCAGACCCUCCUCAGUCUUUUGCCCACUUUCUGUCUCUGUUUCCAACCCCGUCAGCUCUGCGGUGAGCUGAUAGUCCACCAAACAUGUCCUGUGCUCCGUCCCCCCCCACCCACCUCAACCGCUGCCUUAUCUGAGACAUUUGUUCAGUGGCUUUCAUUUUUCCUAGACAAAUAUUUGUGCAGAUAGCUUAAAGCUAGUGAUGCCAAAUAGUGGCUGUAGGUGACUGUGCUUUAUGGCAUUCGUUGUUUUGUUUGAGAUAGAUUCAGUGUGUGCGCUCAGGUUCAAAUGAUGCCUCAACAAAAGGCACAUCCAGCUUUGUAACGCUUAAAGGAACAGUUUGACGUUUUGGGAAAUCCGCUUAUUUGCUACCUUGUGGAGAGUUAGAUGAGAAGAUUAAUACCGCUCUCAUGUCUGUAUGCCAAAUAUGAAGUACCGCUAAUGUCUCACCUACCCUAGAGGAUUUCUCUGUUAUGUGUUAUUAUGAAGUUCAAACUGAUAAAAUGAUGACAAGAUGAUUAAAAAAAAAGAGUCUCGAUGCCAGUCUUGUGCUGCCCUUUGCCUCCCUCAGUGCCUCUCGGAGGCUGUCGAAGCCUUUUCCUGUGCACUAACGCUGAGACAGCUGGAGGGCGACGGUGAUGCCCAACGUUGAGCCCCGCUCUCUACACAUACGCUGCCGCGCCCGUGCCAUGAAUUCGUUUUAACUAUCGCUAACACUUGUACUUGGCACUUGACCGGCCUCGUGGCGUAGCUCACCUCUUUGUGCCACUCCGUCUUUAAUGCCUUCUCUCGCAAAACAAACGCAUGCGUUCACCGCGACACCCACCCACGUACGCACUCUACUCCCACAGACUGCAGCAUGGCGAAAGAGUUGGCAUGGCAAACCUACUAUGCUUAAUAACUGAUUUUCUACAAAGUGGUGAAUUGUCUUUUUCUUCUUGUUUACUGACAUAAUCACUGUUAUGUGGAAAUGCAGCACUGUGUGUGUGUGUGUGUGUGGGUACCAGAACACUGAUCUCUGUGAAGGAUAAGUGUAGACCUCAACUGUGCUGUUGCCACUAUGAGGAAAAGCAAUGAGCUGAAGUCACCCUCCCUCUGUGUGUGUUGUAAUCCGAGCUUCUCUGUGCUUUGUUGACAUAUUUGGUUCGGCGGUGCAUGCCUUGUAGUGCAUGUGAGCGUGCCCCACUGGCCGGAUCACCGCCGCCGCCCUGCACUGCUCUCAUAGGGCGGUCACCGCUGAUGACGCCUCUCCGGUCGGCGCGAAAGUGUAGCACCCACCCUCCAGUUCCCCCCCUCAGGUAAACACUGGUAGCUCCGUCAGCGCUGUUGCCGUUGUAUGCGCUGUUAGCACCGUUAGCUGCUAACAUUGAGAGCCGGUGGAGGCAACCGAUGUGCUCUGAGUUGAGUAUUGAGCAUCUUUUAAAGGAGCCUUCGUCACUUGAUCUCCCACUGCUGUCAUCUGAAGUAAAUAAAAUGAGGUUUCACCAUCAUUUCACUUCACGUUGCUUGCCAUCAGUUACACUGGACCUGAAAUAGCUUUUUUGUUCAUUGUUCCAUGUCAGUAUUGAAUGGUCAACCCCCCCUCUGAAAACUGUGUCCUGAUUGAAGUUAAUUUCAAAGCCUUUGGAUUGCACCACAAAUCGGUUAUGUUGCUAUUAUUUUCUGUUAAUUGUCCAUGUGCCGACUACUGACUUGUCACCUGAUAUAUCAACCAUAACCACUGGACCACAAUAGCUAUGGUAUACAUAUCAGAUAGCUGAUAGGAUCAUCUCAUCCGCACCGCUUUUUAUGCAAGGCUUUAACACGAGGAGUCUGUGUGCAAGACUCAUAACACUACAUUUGUAUUUCAACGUUUGCGCGCUGUGCAGGUUUGCAAUGUAUUUAAAUGGAGCGGAGGGGCGUCACAGAGCUUAUGAUAUCCGUGAUGUGUUCGCAAAAGGAGCUUACAAGGGCGGCUGCUGCUUGAAUGUGCUAAACUGUCCACUGAUGUUGAAUAUUUAACCACUUCGUCCGGUUUCUGCCUUACUGAAAAACUACCGACUCUGACGCUUUUGUACAACUUAUGUCAGUAGCAUCCAGAGCUGUUCGUCUGGGGUUUGUUCUUUCUCUCUUUUGUUUACGAUCUAUUUUGUUUUCAUGUGUCGCAUUCCUGAUUGGUCACUUUCUAAAAGAGGGGAGACCAGAUCGUUGGAUGCCUUUAUUUAAGGCUCUGAAUGUGUUGGAUGGAAGCAUUGUGGGGCAGGGAAAAAAAAUGCAACCUAUCAACAAGAAUAAAUUGAGUAUGUCAAAAUGUGUAUAUGAAAAUAAAGAAUCUAUUCAUUACAAAA